AUGAAAUUGUUCUCAUGUGUGUUGUGUGUGCUAACUGUGGUACUCUAUUCCAUGUUGGUGUGCGUGUCGGCUGAUAGUAAAAGUCCUCUUGAACCUGCUGCCGUGCUUGCUUCUGCAGAUCCUUCUACUGACCUUCUGAUUACUGGCCUUAAAUCCGACGUUGAAAGAGUGAGUGAAAUUCAUUCUCAACGUACUAAACGUAACACAGAUGACACAGAACAAGAGGAUGAUGAUGAAGAGGAGGGAGAGGAAUUGGAUUUGGAAGAAGAUGAAGAAGAAGACGAUGAGGACGAGGAUGACGAUGACGAUGAAGAAGAAGAAGAGGAUAAGGAGCUUCAACCACCGUUAGAAGUGGAUAACGGAAAUAGAGUGACUCAACCGGGUUCUCAGGGUCUCAAACCACCUUCACAAGCAGAAAUAUCCUCUUCUGCCUCAUCUAAACCUGAUGGGACUCCUGGACAACAAUCAACAGGUACUGGCCGUGUGGGAGCACAGCAACAGUCUGCUGGUAAUAACGGUAAACAGCAAAGUGAUCCAAAAACACCACAGGCCCCUCAACAAAAUACAAAUGCUCCUGAGAAACAACCGGAUCGUACUCUGGCAGUAAAUGGACAAACCCCUACAGUUACACAGGACUCUCAACAAGGUGGACGCACAUCCAAUGAUAAUAGCGCACGUAACACCAAUACAGCCACCGGAGAAGAAAAAGGUAGACAACCAUCUCCUCCUUCUGAAUCUUCUCAAGCCACUGGAGCUGAAGGUGAUAAUUCUGCAGCAUCAACGGCAAACAAUUCAGCGAACACAAACAAUGUCACUCCCAAUACACCCAAUAAUAAAGAAUCAACCACCACCACCACAACACUUCCUCCUGAACCUACAAACAACAAGAAGGGUGAUGCAGACAGCAGCAGCAGUAUCAGCAGUUCUGUGUGGGUGCGUGUACCACUACUGAUUGUGGUUACACUGGCCUGUAUUCAUGUGUGCUGA